GUAUAGAGGCAGGAGCAGGAGGCUUCAGCGGAAAGCGCCUUGCGCGAGCACGCUUCCUGCCUAUUUAACGCGCGCGCUGCAGCGUGCCUGUGGCUCACUGCACUACCAGAACACAACUCGCUAGCUCUGCAUCAUCCGUCGUUCUGGUGAGCGAGCGAGCGAGUGAGAGACCUAGCUAGACUGACCGGCGGCCGCCGGCAGGCCGAGAACGAAGCGUUUGUGCAUGAGCCAUGGCGGACCAGCAGCAGCCACAGCAGCAGCCGCAGGAGAUGGACGUUGACCGUACCGGUGGCCUCGAACUGCCUCCAGGGUUCCGCUUCCACCCGAGCGACUUUGAGAUUAUCAACGACUACCUCACGAAGAAGGUGCACGACAGGGACUACAGCUGCAUCGCCAUCGCGGACGCCGACCUAAACAAGACCGAGCCAUGGGACCUCCCGAAAGUUGCAAAGAUGGGCGAGAAGGAGUGGUACUUCUUCUACCAGAAGGACCGCAAGUACCCGACGGGGCUGAGGGCGAACCGGGCCACUGAGGCGGGUUAUUGGAAGGCGACCGGCAAGGACAAGGAGGUCUACAACCCCUUUGCAGCGGAAGGGCUGCUGCUGGUCGGCAUGAAGAAGACGCUCGUGUUCUACAAAGGCAGGGCUCCCAGGGGUGACAAAACCAACUGGGUGAUGCACGAGUACAGGCUCGAAGGCAGCGGUAGGCUCCCUGCUAGUCCUGCAUCCGCAUCCGGCUCAGCCACCAACAUCGCUGCGGCCAUGAUGAAAGCUUCAGCUUCGGCUUGCAAGGAUGAGUGGGUGGUCUGUCGUGUGUUCAACAAGACCACCGGGAUCAAGAAGACGGCUGCGCCGGCAUACCAGGUGGCCAUGGCCGGUCCUGAGAUGGAUCAGAAUCAGAACAACAUUCCGGCCAUCCCCAUCCCCAUGCCGCUGCAGCUGCCACUGCCCGUGCCCAUGCAGAUGCAAUUUCCCAUCCUGCCAGAUUUUGCCAUGGACCCGGUGGCCCCCUACUACCCCAACCCGAAUGCCGGCGCGGGGAUGAUGCCGCCUAUGGCAUUGGCAGGUAUGGGUGGCGCCGGCGGGCUCCAGAUCAACGGCGCUCUGUUCGGCAAUCCGGUGCCCGCGCCGCUGCCGAUGAACUUCUACCACCACCAGAUGGGCAUGGGGGCAGCAGCUGGCCAGGUGGACAUGGGGGCAGCGGCUGGCCAGAUGGACAUGGGAGCAGCUGGCGCUGGCGCUGGCGGCUUCGACGUUGCAGCGCCGGAGAGUAGGCCGUCCUCGAUGGUGUCACAGAAGGACGAACAGGCUAAUGCCGCCGAGAUCUCGUCGAUGAUGUCUGUGACCGGCCCAGGGUCCGCGACCACCACCAUAGAGAUGGAUGGCAUAUGGAAGUACAAGUACUGAAAAAGUGGAUAUGGAGUUUGGAGACAAAUGCAUGAAUAUGCAUGUUAUAUCUACUAUAUCUGCAUUGCAUUUUGUGAAAAUUUGCAUGGUUCCUAUAUUUCUGCAAUAACUAGUCGGUAAGAUAUGUGUGCAUGCAUGUGCUAGUAUAUACAUGCAUUGUAUCAUUGCAUGUGUGGUAUAUGUGUGUGUCGUUUGGUCUUAGUAAUCCGGGGCAUGAUGGUACCCAUACCUGGAUUUACAUCUGCUUGGUCGUGCUGAUGUUGUGUUGUAAUUUGUAAAAAGCAGAUUGAAGUUCGGUACAGUAUAUUAUCGUGAACCUAUAUAUAUUAUACUUGUGUGAAUGAUAGUAUGUUGUUAAAUUUUA